AUUCAGAAAAGAAACAAGGGACUAAGGGAGGGAGGGAGAGAGAGAGAGAGAGAGAGAGAGAUUUACACUGAGGUAAAGAGAAACCCCUGUUGUAAGGUUGAAGGACAAAGGGCUAUGAAUGGACUAUCCCCUGCUUUAGAGAGAGAGAAAGAGCUCUGUAUCGUUGCAGGUUUUAUUGCAGAGCUUCGCAGAAGGUUUUUAACUUUAUCCUGCUAAUAAUUCCCCCCCCCCCCCUUCCCCUCUUUCUCUCUAUCUAUCUAUCUAUCUAUCGUCUCUCUUCACUCUCUGGGUAGUGAAUGCUCACUGUAUCCAUAUUUAGAGUGAGAGAGGGGUCUCUGCACUCACCAGAAAGAUGUGAUGGAAGAGACAAGCUCGUCGUGAUACCCCUCCUUCGCAAUAAAACCAAUCCUCCUCUUCUUCAACCGGAAGAACGAAAAAGCAAUUGAAUCUAGAGAAAUAAGAAUUCUCUCGAACUCCCUUAAUCCCCCUCUCUCUCCGUUCGUCGGUAGCGCCAAGCUUUUCAGCGGCUCUGUGUUGCCUACGGCAGGGAUUAAUGGGUUGUUUUCUCUGAAGCGAAGAGCAGUAGAAUGGCAUUUCGUGUCCACUUCAUUCUUGUGCUAUUUCUCUUCUGCUUCAGCUUGGGUCUUGUGGAUUCGGACGAUGGAGAAACGCUUUUGGAAAUCAAGAAGUCAUUUCGGGAUGUGGACAACAUACUGUAUGACUGGACGGAUUCUCCAUCUUCCGACUACUGUGUAUGGAGGGGAGUAACAUGUGAUAAUGUCACCUUCAGUGUCAUUGCCCUUAAUCUUUCGGGUUUGAAUCUUGAUGGGGAAAUCUCCCCUGCCAUUGGAGAUCUCAAAAGCCUACUCACUCUUGAUUUGAAGGGAAACCGUCUCUCUGGACAGAUCCCAGAUGAGAUCGGUGACUGUUCUUCUUUGAAAAGCCUGGAUUUGUCCUUUAAUGAGAUAUAUGGAGAUAUACCCUUUUCAAUUUCAAAGUUGAAACAGCUGGAAUGCUUAAUCCUGAAAAAUAAUCAAUUGAUUGGACCAAUUCCUUCCACCUUGUCGCAGAUUCCUAACCUGAAAAUUUUAGACUUGGCCUCAAAUAAAUUAAGCGGGGAGAUACCAAGGCUUAUAUUCUGGAACGAAGUUUUGCAGUUUCUAGGAUUGCGAGGCAACAGUUUGGUUGGCACGCUCUCUCCAGAUAUCUGCCAACUCACAGGGUUGUGGUAUUUUGAUGUAAGAAAUAACAGUUUGACAGGCAGCAUUCCUCAGAACAUAGGCAACUGCACUGCCUUCCAGGUCUUGGACUUGUCAUAUAACCAACUGACUGGAGAGAUUCCAUUCAAUAUUGGGUUCCUGCAAGUAGCCACACUAUCUUUGCAAGGUAAUCGGCUUUCAGGGAAAAUCCCAUCAGUCAUCGGUCUGAUGCAGGCACUUGCUGUUUUAGAUUUAAGCUGCAACAAUUUAAGUGGACCCAUACCUCCUAUUCUGGGAAAUUUAACUUACACUGAGAAACUGUACUUGCAUGGUAAUAGGCUUACUGGAUCAAUUCCCCCAGAACUCGGAAAUAUGACGAAGCUUCACUAUUUGGAACUGAAUGAUAAUGAUCUCACAGGGCAUAUUCCACCAGAACUUGGGAAACUCACUGACUUGUUUGACCUAAAUGUUGCUAGUAAUAAUCUUGAAGGGCCAAUACCUGGUAACCUUAGCUCCUGUACAAAUCUCAACAGCCUCAAUGUGCAUGGAAACAAAUUGAGUGGAACCAUCCCACCUGCAUUUCAACGGCUGGAGAGUAUGACCUAUUUGAAUCUUUCCUUGAACAAUCUUAAUGGUUCCAUUCCAAUUGAGCUAUCUCGAAUUGGCAACUUGGAUAAUUUGGACAUUUCUAGCAACAGAAUUAGUGGGCCCAUCCCUGAUUCCCUUGGUGAUUUGGAGCAUCUUUUGAAGCUGAAUUUAAGCAAAAACCAGCUGAGUGGAUUUAUCCCAGCUGAAUUUGGUAAUCUGAGAAGUGUUAUGGAGAUAGAUCUUUCAAAUAAUCAUCUUUCAGGUGUGAUUCCCCCAGAACUUGGUCAGCUUCAAAACAUGUUUCUUCUGAGGGUCGAAAAUAAUAAUUUAUCAGGGGAUGUGAUGUCACUGAUUAACUGCCUGAGUCUUUCUGUCCUCAACGUAUCUUAUAACAAUCUGGCUGGGGUUAUCCCUUCAAGCAAUAAUUUCUCUAGGUUUUCACCAGACAGUUUCAUUGGGAAUCCUGAUCUUUGUGGCUAUUGGCUUAGUUCUUGUCACGAAUCUCAUUCAUCUGAAAGAGUUACAAAUUCUAAAGCUGCUAUUCUCGGGAUUGCUCUGGGUGCUCUUGUAAUUUUUCUCAUGAUCUUAGUGGCAGCUUGUCGACCACAGAAUCCAAAACCAUUUUCAGACGGGUCACUUGACAAACCAGUUAAUUACUCAUCACCUAAGUUAGUGAUCCUGCACAUGAACAUGGCCCUUCAUGUGUACGAGGACAUCAUGAGGAUGACUGAGAACUUGAGUGAGAAGUAUAUAAUUGGUUAUGGUGCAUCAAGCACUGUGUAUAAGUGUGUUCUGAAGAACUGCAAGCCUGUGGCUAUCAAGAGACUAUACUCUCACUACCCACAAUGCCUAAAGGAAUUUGAGACAGAGCUUGAAACUAUAGGGAGCAUCAAGCAUCGGAACCUGGUCAGCCUUCAAGGGUAUUCACUGUCCCCCUCUGGGAACCUUCUCUUCUAUGACUACAUGGAGAAUGGCAGUCUCUGGGAUCUGCUUCAUGGCCCUGCGAAGAAGAAAAAGCUUGAUUGGGACACUCGUCUUCAGAUAGCUCUAGGGGCAGCCCAAGGACUCACAUAUCUUCACCAUGAUUGUAGCCCCCGCAUAAUCCAUAGGGAUGUCAAGUCAUCGAACAUCUUAUUGGACAAGGACUUUGAGGCUCAUCUCACUGACUUUGGCAUUGCCAAGAGCUUAUGCACAUCAAAAUCAUAUACUUCUACCUACAUUAUGGGCACCAUUGGUUACAUAGACCCUGACUAUGCCCGCACUUCUCGUCUCACUGAAAAAUCCGACGUUUACAGCUAUGGGAUUGUUCUACUUGAGUUGCUGACUGGAAAGAAAGCAGUGGACAAUGAAUCCAAUCUCCAUCAUAUGAUAUUAUCCAAGACAGCUGACAAUGCAGUCAUGGACACCAUUGAUCCUGAUAUAUCUGCCACAUGCAAGGAUCUGGGGGCAGUAAAGAAAGUUUUUCAGCUUGCCCUUCUAUGCACCAAGAAACAGCCAACAGAUCGUCCGACAAUGCACGAAGUAACACGGGUUCUCAGCAGUCUCACGCUAUCUGAAACACCGAAACAACAAACCUCAACCCCACCCCCACCUCCACUGCUCCCAUCAGCCAAAGUGCCCUGUUACAUGGAUGAGUAUGCAAAUCUCAAGAACCCACACAUGGUCAACUGCUCAACCAUGAGCACUUCAGAUGCCCAACUCUUCCUAAAAUUUGGAGAGGUAAUAUCCAAGAACAGUAUCGAGCAAGAAGUAUGAUCAAAACAUGUUAAAAACAGUUCAAACUUUAAAGAAUUAGGUAUGGGAAUUGGAUAGAAUCUAAAUGUGGGGGAGUUAGUAUAUGCUUGUGUGUGUAAAGAAGAUGGGGUAUCAAUUAUUGUAGCUGCAAUAGCAAAGGAGAAAAGAAUGAACUGCUUUAUUUAUUUGUAGACUUGAAAGGUGUACCACCCAUAUUCCCUGUAUGAUGUUCUUUGUAUUGAGUCAAA